CUCCAUAACUAUAUAUUUCUUUUGGUCAUCCAUAACUAUAGAUUCUUAUACGGCCUCAAGGGUCUGUCUUUUAAGAUUAAGACGAGGAGUCUGAAUGAUGAGAAGGGAACCCGACAGACACUUUGGCGCUCUUUCAUCAUCAGGGUACUGAUACUCGUUACUCGUUAAUCCUCUGCAUAUACUCUUUGAAGGGUGUGAUCAGAUAAGGCAGCUGACAGAAGAUGGAAGAAAAAGAGCUUCGGUCGGGAAAGUACACUUGGAGGAUCGAGAGCUUCAACAAGAGGAGUGAGCUCAAGUUCUACUAUGAAACCUUUACUGUUGGAGGCUGUAAAUGCAACUGCAGCAGCGUCGGACUGUAGGGGAGCUUCCUGGACACGAAUUGAUCUAUCUAUAGAUAUAGAUAGAUGAUGGAUUUCUUUGUUUAUUGGAGCAGGCGAGUAGUUAUUUAUCCCACGGGUAACGGCCGGGGCAGCCCCGAUCAUUUGUCAAUGCACUUAGAGGUUGCUGAUGCUGCAACAUUGCCUGAUGGAUGGUACAGAGAUGCCAAGUGUGUACUCACUUUAGUAGAUCAGCACACGGAAUCGGCUCAAUAAUAUACGGUGUGUGUUUGAAUCUUUGAUAUAAUCCCUUCUGCUGUUUCAUGAUCGAACAUUAAAGUGGACAGGUAAGUUACUUGUUCGAGAAGAGUUAUCCGGAGAGAUAAUUCUGAUCUUCACUUGAAAAAAUCGGAACGUCAGUAGUCCAAUGAAGUUGUCAAACGUGAUUUUACUUGUUAAGGAGUUCAUUUGGAGACAUGCUUUAAUAACGAAGACAAUCCCAAGAAAGUUGUCAACUUUCUUGAAAUGCAAGGCAAAAGAUCAGUUUGUCAUUUCAAUUGCCUUAGUUAUUUUCAGUGAGUCUAACAGCCUUUGCAAAAAAUUACAGAGGGACGUUGUAAGUACAGGGCAGGAACGACCAGUUUUGGUUAUGCAAAUUUCAAGCAUCUGACUGAGCUUCACGAUCACAAUAAAGGUUAUGUGGUUAAUGACACUAUGGUUGUUGAAGUUGAGAUAACUCUCCACGAGGUUGUUGGUUGUUCUGCUGGUGGAGUUAGUGACCCAAGUAAGCUGGCUUGACUCUUAUUUCAGCGGUCUCUCUGAGUACGUUAAUGCUGCUGGGACCCUUCAUUUGGGUGAAGGAUCCGAACCAGAUACGCAGCGCAGUGAAUUGGCUUCUGACACUCGGAGUCCAAGCGUGAAUGAUAUAGAGAAGGCCAAGCACUCCUUGAAGGAAUGCCUGUCAGAUCUCUUCAAGUUGAACAUGACAGAUAGGCUUGCUUCAGCCCUGUCCAUCUUAAGCCAUGCCCAAGCUGGGUUAUCUCCUGAUCAGCAGAGAUCAAUCGAGACAUUUAAGGCCAACUUCGGCGAGUUUGUCUGCGAGUUCUUAUCCUUUGACCAAGAAAAUUCCGAUUUUGAGCUGCAGAAGAUCUUGACCGAUCAGAUACGUUCGUCGAUGAAGAAGAAUCACGAGACUUACCUUGCAUACAAGCGGUCUUUUGACAGCCUUGCCAAGGAAGAGGAAGAGCACAGCAAGAGACUUAAGGAAGUGAGCUCCAAAAAGAUGAAGCUGAUGUCUGAUUGGGAAACUCUGAUGAAUGAGUCAGAGGUUAUGAAAUCGAAAUAUGCGGUUCAGAAGAAGAAGCUAGCGGAGGCUGAGGAGAAGAGGAAAAUAGCCGAAAAAAGGACGUUUCGAUCGAUCAGUGCUUGGUCCAGUCUGAAAGAACAAUUCCUUUAGAAUUUCAGCUUGCCAAGUAAAAGCCUUUUAAUAUUUAGUCAGCUUUGGAGACAUUAUUCAGUUAGUUCACAGUUUUUAUUUAUUAUGUUUCCUUCCAUAUGUCGUGAAGCACUGCAGCAGACAGCUCUAAUGUUCCCUUCUGGGCCAUGCCCAACUAUAUUUCGUAUCAACUGAGUGUUGUCCAUA